GUCGCCCUAGAUCGGGGAAUUGGGAAUCCCUUAUUUACCCCCCUCCCCCCGGUCUUUCGUUCUCUCCCACGAAACUCUUGAUCGGAACAACGCAGGAUCGUCCAUUUAAUUGAAGAUAAAUGGAUUUAUGGGCUAAUCUUAAUAGAGAUCUCUUACAGCUAAUUGCUGAAAAGAUAACUUGUCACACAGAUGUUCUUCGCUUUGGUGCCACAUGUAAACAAUGGCGUUCUAUUGUUACAAACAGCCUUCACUUUCUUCCUCCAAACCUCCCCAUAUCCUUAUGUCUCCCAAUUCAAAAACCCCUUCCAUUGCUAAUGCAGUGUCCUAUUGAGGAUAAAUUGGGAAGCAUCAAUUUCCUUUCAGUUUCUGAUAUGAAAAGUUAUGGUAAAUUCCUUGUGCCAGAACUAAAUAACAAGGUGAUUGCUGGAUCCUCUAAUGGUUGGUUGCUCACAGUUGAGCUGAAUAGUCAAGAAAUUAAGCUCUUAAAUCCUUUAACAAGGAAUCAAAUUCCCCUUCCAUCCCUAUCCACGCUUGAAAACCCUGAAGGUGAAGAUUUUGGAUUCAUACUGAAAGCCAUAAUAUCGUCCAAUGCAAACAAGAGAAACUUGGGUGAUGACUGCAUUGUUAUGGCAAUCAUCUCAGAAUUGUCGAUCCUAUCUUUCUGUAGGCCAGGAGAUGACAAGUGGACUUAUGUCAAUCAAUAUACGUUCAAUCUCUAUGAUGUCAUACCAUACAAGGGUCAGUUCUUUGCUAUUAAUGAAACUGGGACGACAGUUGCUUAUGAUGUCUCAAAUGAUGAUGUUAAAAUGAAACUCAUUGCAAAGGGAGAUUACAGUCCUAGGAGGAGAUAUUUAGUCGAAUCAACAUCAGGAGAGUUGCUUCAUGUUGAAAGAGUUUUAGAUGAACAGACUGAAACUUUUACUACAAACUUUAUUGUAUACAAGCUUGAAUCUAGAGAAGGAUUACUUGAAUGCGAGCUCUGUUGGGUUGAGUCGGAGAGCUUAGGAGAUCAAGCAUUGUUCUUGGGACUCAAUUGCUCGCUUUCAUUGCCCGCACAAUCUUUUCGAGGAUGCAAAAGCAAUUGCAUUUACUUUACGGAUGAUAUUGAGUAUUUAGAUUCUUCGUACGACAUGGGUGUGUAUGAUUUAGAAGAUAGAAAGAUUCAAAUGUUCGGGGACAUGGACAAGUGUUUCUCUUUUCCACCGAUUUGGAUUUCUCCAAAUCCUUGGUAGGGGCUCAAUAAUCCAUUUUUGUAUUACAGAAUGUCUUUCCUUCGCUUGAUUGAUAUUGCUUGAUGUUUUCUGUCUCUGUUGAAUAAUAUUAGCUGGAAAAAGUGUGAAAUAAUUCAGUGUCAAUCUCCAAGUUUGUUUUUGUUUUUAAGUAUAUUGUUAAUAUUUGGAGGGUACUACUUGCACA